ACCGACAGCGACGACAGACCGAUCCAGAGCGAUGGGGCAAGCGGACCAUCGGCGAAUGGAUGACACUGGAUCGUCGGGACCUACGACUGGACUGGGACAGAGCGGAGGCUGCCAACGAGAAAGACGAUCGCUACACGGGCAAGCCCUGCUACGGCGAGCACGACACGACACACCCGCUGGCGAGGCACGCCAACGGAUACAAGGUGAGCUACAAGUGCGUGAGAUGCGAGCUGGUCAUGCUGCACAUCCCGAAGCACGGGGCGACGGGCAGGCACAGGCAGAAGGGAGCUCUGGGACCGACCGUGGGAAAGAUCAAGAUCGAAGAAGUGACGAAGGAGAAGGUCACCAAGGAGAAGGCGACGUCGGAGAGAGAGAGCCGGACCACGAUCGAAGAGGUGUCUUCGGAGGACUCAUUCGAGAAGGCCGGAGAAUCAGAGGAGGAGGAGACGCCGUACCCGAGCACCGAUCAGAUGAGCAAGGCCGACAUGAUGUUCGACCAGAUGCGCGACAGGGACGACGACGUCAUCACGUUCGGGAUUGACGUCGAGUACCACAAGGAGGAGAUUAACCUGAAGGACUACAGCUGGGUGCUAGAGCAGGUGACAGAAGCUGGGAUGGCGACAGACCUCUACGUGAAACAGCUGAUCGAGUUCUGCACGGAGGAGGACAGCCAGCUCGGGAAGGUCGCGGAGGAACGCGAGGACGCCGAGAUCAUCAGGAUCACGCGGAAGGACGCGGAUCUCAGCACGAAACAUGGACUGGAGAUGGCCAAGAACCUGGCGGUGAAAAGCCCUGGAGCAGACAUCUGGGGAAGCCUACCGUGCACAGCCGUCAGCGCGCUUCACCACGGUUACAUCGGCAGACAGGAUGGCCAGUACUGGAAGAAGCUCGAAGCACGAAAGAAGAACCUUAAGAGCAUUGUGAAUCACUUCAUGGAAGUGAGCAGGAUUGUCAAGGACAAUGGCGGGGACGUGCACUUCGAGUGGCCACGUAACUGCCAUGGCUGGAAGUACUUCCCGGAGCUGAUAGAGUUCUUUGGUGAGAUUGGCAUGGAGAAGGUGAACUUCGACGGGUGCCAGGUCGGGGUGGUCAACACCAAGGGCGAGCCGAUAUACAAACCGUGGACGCUGUGGACCAGCAGGAAGAAGCUCGCAACGGCCCUGAGUGGCAAACGCUGCCCAGAUCCCCAAGGACACGGACAUGCAGAAUGCCGUGGGAAGGAUGCUACACUAUCGGGCAAAUACCCCGCACGAAUGGCAAGAAUCAUCUGGCGGAAUAUCGUGGAACCGCCGAAGCUGAUGGGCAUGAUCGAGGAGCUGAGACAGGAGGAAGCCCUGGCGAACGACAACAAGGAGAUGUUCGACCAUGAGAGGGAGCUAGAGCUGACAAGCGACGAGCAACAACAAUGGAACGACCUGCCAGCGCUGAAGCAGAAUGAGUUAAUGAAAGCAGCGAUGCGGCUGCAUCGGAAUACUGGACAUCGACCACAGAGGGUGAUGAUCAGGAUCCUGCGAAGACGUGGGGCUUCAGCGACGACAAUCGCAGCCGUGAAGCAGAUCAAGUGCAGCUCGUGCAUUGAGAAUCAGAUACCAAGACCGAGACCAGCAGCGGUACUCGAGCCAGCUCGAGAUCUAUGGCAGGUGGUCGGCAUCGACGUGAAGGAGAUCCUAGGCAACGACCAGAUCAUGCGGAAGUACCUUGUGAUCGGGGACGAGGCGAGUAAGCUGACGCUGGCGGUCAAGAUCUUCUCAAUACCCGCUCAGGAGUCGAGGAACUGCACCGCCAAGGAGCUGCUGGAUGCGUUCAGAGGACAUUGGUCAGAUCGGUAUGGCAUGCCAAGCGUACUGAGGCUCGAUCCGGAAGGAGCAUUCGUGUCACACGAGUUCUAUGACAAUAUUGCAGGUGAAGGAAUGCAGGUGGAUCCGUGUGCCACCCAGGCUCACUGGCAGAAUGGCAUCGCGGAGCGUGCAAUCAAGACGGUGUUCGAGCGCGCCAAGGCCAUGCAUCGUGAUCAUGAGACCGACCUGGAGGCAGCUAUACAUGCGGCGGUGGAGGCACAUAACACGGUCGAGAGAGUCGAUGGAUACAGUCCGAGUCAAUGGGCCUUCGGACGAGACAAGAACUGGUCAGGGACUCUCAAGAAGGAGGAUCACCUGGACGUCGUGAAGUGCACGAACCAGAGCUACAUGGAGAACCUGUCCAAGCGGGUGCUGGCAUCAAAGAUCAUUGGACUGGAGAGUCUCAACAAGGGGGAGGUGAUUUCCGUGGACAAGGAGGACGCGCCGAUGAAUGAGGAGACCUACACACCGGAGACCACAGCUCGUGCACCAGGAGACGGAGACAAGGAGACGGUCAAGGACGACAACUGGAACGUGCAUGGGAAGUCUACGAGGUCAAUGGGACGACGCUGGACUGGCAGGACCAACCUGUUUCCCAUCACGGACAAGCCAGAGGAGAUGAAGGUAGACCAGAACGCCAAGGAGGUGAUCCAUGAGAAGGCGAAGAAGAUGGUCGUGGAGCAGGUACCGGAGACCCAUGGGGACAAUGGGAAAGACCAGCCGUCAAUGGAUGACAUCGAGAGCGAGAAGGUAAAGAACACGAAACAGACAACUGCAGGAGGAGCAGAUCUCAAAAUACGGAUCGUCGAGAAGAGAAAAGUCAAGACCGACCUGUUCGAAAAGACGAAGAGGAGGGUCAGGAUGCGGACCAACUUCGGACCAGCACUGAGGAGCUACAGUGCCUUCUUCAAUGACAAGAUCGCGGACGGUGACCAGAUGGACUGGGACAAGCUCGACUGGGAGAACUUCGACGUGGCGGCAUGGGCUGCUACGGAGAUCCAGGAGGACCUGGAGAUCCCGACGGGGAUCGACUACAUCGAGGUAGCGUUCGAGGCAUUCGACGCGAACAAUAUGAACAAGUUCACGAGGCAGCCGGAGCAGUACAUCACCAAGGCGAUGAAGAAAGGAAGGUCUGAGGCAAGUGUCAAGCACAUGACCGACGAGCAGAAGAGUCUGAUGAAGGGGGCGAAGCUGGUCGAGGUGAGAGACUGGAUCGCCAACGACGUGCUGGAGAGGAGAGCUCGGAACAUGAUCUUCCAGCUGACGGCCAUGAAGAAGUGGAAGCUGAAGAAGGGGGACGUCAAGGCCGCUUUCCUGCAAGGAAAAGGGAUGCCAAACGACACGCCGACCUACAUCGAGGCCAACGAUGAGCUGGCGGAGGAGUUCGGAGUACCUGGAGGGACAGCGGUGAGACUAAAGAAGGCAGUGUACGGACUAUGUCAAGCACCAAAGUCGCGGCACGAGAGCGCGGGCACCCUGAUGGAGCAGCUCGGUGGACAACGAUGCGUGUCGGACCCGUGCGUCUGGGUUUUCAGCGAUGAGAACAACAACGUGUUCGGGGUAGUUGGCACACACAUGGACGACUUCCUGAUCGCCGGAGAUGGUGGAGUUCGAUGGCGAGAGAUCGAGGUGAAGCUGCAGAAGGCGUUCCGCUGGACUCCAUGGGAGGAAAGAAGCUUCAAGCAGACCGGACUGUCGGUCACGCAGACGGCCAGCAGCGAGAUCACCAUACACCAGAAGGAGUUCAUCGACAACAUCACCGAGAUCAACAUCGGACAGGAGCGUCACAAGCAACGGGACCAGAAGCUGACGGAUAAGGAGAUGACGAUGCUUCGGGGGGCACUGGGCGAGAUCCAGUGGGUGGCGACGCAGACGAUGCCGAAAUAUCAGGCGCAGUGCUCAAUAUAUCAGAGCAGUGGACCGCCGGCGACAGUGGAGACGCUCUUCGGGAUCAACAAGCUGAUCAGACAGAUGAAGAACGAUCACGGCUACAAGCUGAAGUUCGAGAGUUUCGAGGGAGAAGGAGUGGUCGCAGGCUGGAGCGAAGCAGCCUGGGCGAAUCGACCAGACGGGCUCUCGACAGGAGGAUAUGUGAUCGGGAUUGCGCCAGCGGACAUUCUGAACGGCAAGCGGGCCCCAGUUGGCUGGGUUUCGCAUCGCAGUGGUAAGCUACAGCGCGUGGCCAGGAGUUCGUUGGCGGCCGAGGUUCAGGCACUGACAGUGACAGAGGACGAGCUUUUCAUGGUAAGAAUGAUGCGGGCCGAGCUGAACGGUUUUGUUUCGGACGUGGCCGCGGGAACCGCGAGCGAGAGCAAGACGGCAAAGCCGAUGCUGGAGGGCGUGAAGCAGGUGCGAUCGUGCCUGCGCGUGGACGCUAAGAGCAUCUACGACUGUCUGGCCAAGCAGGUGCAGAUGCAGAGCCUGGCCGAGAAGCGGACGGCGCUCGAGCUGAUGGCCUUCGAGAAGUGCAUCAACGAGACAGAGUUGAUUGCGCGGCGGUGCCACUCCGAGGCCAACCUGGCCGACAGCUUGACAAAGACGACAGCUACAGGGCCCAUCGACCUGUACAUGAAGACGUGGAGCUGGGCACUGGUAGACGACGACGAGCAGCUCAGUGCCAAGAAGCGUAAGGAGCGCGGGAUGAGCAGGUUCGAGAACAACAAGGAUAUCUCUGGCCUCAUCAAGAUGGCAUGCAUGAAAGUGGGAGUGUCGUUACCAGAUGCAGCAGAUGGUGAUGACAAUGAUGACGAUAACAUGAUAGUGAGUGAGCCUACAUCCCAUGGCUGA